UGGAGAUGUUUGAUUUGGCGAGAAAGAGGUGAUUAAAUAGAGUCAUUAUUAGGGCCGGAAGAAUCUUAUUGUUAAUCAUUAUUGUUUAUAAAAGUAAAUAUAAUAUGUGGAGGAAAAAUUAAAUGACAAUUGUUAGUUUGUUUAAACACAAUUGAUCAAUAAGUGUAUUUAAAUGAAAGUAAGACUGAAUCGAUAAAGCUUAAUGAUCCGUGCCAUUGUACUCAAUGAAAAUAAUGAUCAGAAUUAAAGAUUUCCAUCAUCAUCAUGAAAAACAUAAGCAGAUAGUUGGUACAAAUGAUGAUAGUAAAGACAGUCGAUGAUCAAUUUAACGACAAAUGAGUUUCUCUUCAUUUGAUUGUCGUAUAAAUGAUUGGAUUUAACAUAUUAUCAGCCAUUUCCACCUGAGCUCUGUUGAAUGUAGACGUUAAACCGUUUUUCACCCAAAUAUGUUGGACAACUUACAGUUUUCAUCAAUAUCAACAACAAAACUUUUUGUCAAGACCAUUUUGAUAUCAACAUUGUGUCGAUUCAUUGUAACACAUCCGAUUGCAAUCGAUCAGUUACCAGAUAUCAGAGGAAGAUCAUUUCAAGACUCAACAGGAUAUUUAUUUAAUUACCCUGAUGAUAAAACCAAUCGACGACAAAGUCUAGAAGAUCUUUUAGCAGGUGGUGGAGGUUCAUCCAAUUCAGACUCAGAUUCUGAUUCAGAUGAUGAUUCAGAUGAUUCCCCAUCGCCACCAGCAGGAAUUGCAGGCUCUGAUGAUACAGACUUGUUGAAUAGUGCUUUACUUCGUGGCAUUAAUAAUAACCAAGGAGCUGGAGCUGGAGGAGGCGGUGGUGGUGGUGGAGGGUCCGCUAACAGUAAUAGCAACAGUGGUGGCAGUGAAAGUGGAAGCGGUGGUGGUGGUGGCGGUGGAAGUAACAGUGCAAACUCUAAUAGUGAAAGUGAUAAGUCUGAGGAAAGUGAAUCUCCGCGACGACCACCAGGUCCGGUUGGACGAGUUGUUGCCAAUGUGAGACGAUUCCGUGAGAGGACAAAUGAUUUUGUUCAAGAUGUAAGAAAACGGUUUGUUGAUUGGCUUGAUGGUUAUGCUGGUUCUGAUAAUGCUUCAUCUGCUAAUGAUUCCUCCAAUGAUUCUUCCAACAGCGAUUCCUCAAACGAUUCAUCCAAUGAUUCAUCUAACAGCGAGGAUGAUUGAUUUUAACCAAGGAUCAUUUGUAUCUCCAACUUUUAACGCUUCAACAAUCACAAGAUGCCAAAAAAUCAUCUCAUCUCGGACCUAUUUGAACAUCAAAAUGCUUUUUUUUGUGUUUCAUUACAACAUCUCAUCAUCCAACCAUAAAUCCACCUUUUUUGCCAUUCUUUGUCCUUGCUUAUUUAACCAAUUUAAUAGGAUGGUUAAAAGAUUUUUCAUCCAAUGUUCAAAAAUACGAUCCAAUGAAUGUCCAUUUAUUUUUUUUAUUUUAUCACCUCACUUCAAUCAAAUGAAUUUAAAAUGACUGGAGUUUUGAUGAAAAUUUAAUCAUCUAAUGUAAAUCGUCACUUGCUUAUUUUACCACGAUUUUAACAAUUUUUAACUCUAAUCACUUUUUGUCUCAACGAAUUAAAUCCUUUAAUUUCAA